AUGUUAACAAAGAAUAUUCUCCAAUUUCUUAUUGUUUACUCUUCCUUUCAUUUAGUAGGUAAUUUAUAGUAUGUAUGACAUAGCUACUUCAUCAUGCGGAUUACAUUAAUACUACUAAUCUGGGAUGAUGGGUGGAUGUCGAGACUGCUUUGAAAAUUGUGAAACAUGUUCUAAUUCAUCAAGUUGUUAGAAAUGUUUUGAUGGAUACUAUUACACAAAAGAACAAAGCUGUUUUAUGAGUUUUUGUUCAGAUGAAAACGUAUGCAAACCUUGUCCAUCUUUUUGUACUAAAUGCACUUCAGACACUAUUUGUAGUGAAUGUGCAAGUGGGUAUUAUAUAAAAUCAGGAUCAACUACUUGUUCAAAAUGUUUUAGAGCUUGUCUAACUUGUUAGGAUAGUGAAGACAAUUGUACAAAUUGUAUUGAUUUAAGUAAUUAAUCAAUACCAACUUGUGAUUGUUAAUUACCAACAAAAUAUUUAGAUACUUCAACAUAUUUUUGUUUAGAUUGUUAAUCACCUUGUAUAAACUGUAGCACAGUAACAUCUUGUGAUUCUUGCAUUUCAACUCACAUAUUAAAUAAUCAUACAUGUAUUCCCUGUACUAAACCUUGUUAUGAAUGUAAUACAACAAUAACAACAUGUGUCUCAUGUAUUGAUAAUUUACAUUAAUCAACACCUACUUGCUAAUGUGAGAAUGGAUAUUUUUUAAAUACUUAAACAUUUAUGUGUGACUAAUGCUAAUUUCCAUGUUUAACUUGUGAAACAACUACUUCUACUUGUUUAUCAUGUUCACUAACUUAUACAUUAAUUUCAAAUAGUUGUUCAUGUUAAAUCAAUGAAUUUGAAGCUGAUACAAAUCCAAAAAGUUGUUUUGGUUGCUUAAGUCCUUGUUAUACAUGUUCAGGUUCAUCAACAAAUUGUCAAUCUUGUAUAACUGGAUUAAAUAGACAUUUAAAUAAUUAAACUUGUAUUUGUGAUGAUAGUUAUUUUGAAGAUGAAUCAUGCAAACCAUGUAAAUUACCAUGUAAAAAUUGUUCUUCAGAGAAUACUUGUCUAUCUUGUAAUGAUUAACUCAUACAAAUUUUGCCAUAAUGUAAUUGUUAAGAUGGAUAUUUCAUGGAUGAAUCAUUUCAAUGUUAAUAAUGUAGUCAUCCAUGUAUUAAAUGUCAUAUAGAUUCUAAUUCAUGUUUAGAAUGUGCUUCUACAUUCAAUAUCAAUAACACAACUAAGAUUUGUUAUUGUUUGGAUGGAUAUUAUGAAGACUUAAAUUAUAAUCCAUCGAAAUGUGAAUUGUGUAUUGGAACUUGUAAAACUUGUAAAAAUUCAUCAACUUUUUGUUUAUCUUGUAUUGAUGAACAUUAACUUAUAAAUGAAUUAAAUUAAUGUAUAUGCAAAGAUGGAUAUGUUCUGAUUGGUAAUUCAUGUGAGUUAUGUGUUCCUCCAUGUACUAAAUGUUAAACAACUACUGAGACUUGUACAUUAUGUUAAGAUAUUCAUCAUAUAAUUGAAAAUGGCGAAUGUAAAUGUGAUUAAGGAUGGAUAAGUGAUUAGAAUAACAAUUGUAUUAAAUGUUAAUUACCUUGUUAAACUUGUUCAGUAACUUAGAAUCAUUGUGAUUCUUGUAAUGAUGAUAAUCAUAUUCUUAAUGAAAAUUUCAAUUGCAUAUGCAAAGAUUCCUUUUAUGCUGAUUCCUUAAGUUCCUGCACUCCUUGUUAACCAUUAUGUGCAACUUGUGACCAAUAUGGAUGUUUGACAUGUUUAGAUACAAAUCAGAUAUUAAUCAACAAUUAAUGUUAAUGUUAAAAUGGAUAUUAUAUGAACAAUUAUUCAUGUCAAGAAUGUUAAACACCAUGUCUAAAUUGUACAAUCAGUGCUAAUCAUUGUCUAUCUUGUGUUGAUAAUACUAAAUAUAUUUUAGAAUAAAAUUUAUGUAAUUGUAGAGAUGGAUAUUAUUUUAGUGAAAAUUUAUGUCUAAAAUGUUCUCCUCAAUGUUAAACUUGUGUAGAUGCUUCUAAUAAAUGUCUUAAAUGUUCAAACACAAAUUUAAUUUAUAUUCAAAACGAAUGCUAGUGUCAAAUUGGAUCCUAUUAUAAUGAAGAUUUUAAAUGUUAAUUAUGCAAAGUUGGUUGUAUUAGCUGCUAUUCAUAAGAAAAUUGUACUGAAUGUUAAGAAUAAUAUUACCUAAACGAUGCUUAAUAAUGUCUGAAUUGCAUUGAAAAUUGUAAACUAUGUUAAGAUUAUUAAUCUUGUGAUUAAUGCUAAGAUGGAUAUUUCUUUGUUGAUAAUCAAUGUAAAGAGUGUAUUCCAGAUUGUAAAACAUGUGUAAAUUAAUCAGAUAAUUGUACUUCUUGUAUAAAGACAUUUGAUUUAGUUGAUAAUAAAUGCAUUUGCAAAUAAGGAUAUUACAGAGAUAAUGUUGAUUGUUUUCAAUGCUAAUUUCCAUGUGAAAUUUGCAUUUCCCAAUAAAUUUGUACAUAAUGUUCUUAGAUCUAACAUAUUAUUCUUGAAAAUGAUUCUUGUGUCUGUUAAUAAGGGUAUUAUUUAUCUAAUUAAAACUAAUGUUUAGAAUGCAAUUUCAGAUGCAAAUCAUGCACUUCAUAAGCUGAAUGCACAAAUUGCUUUAUUGAAUAGAAUAGAAUUUUAUAAAAUAAUGAUUGUAUCUGUAAUUCUGAGUAUUUUGAAUCUGAAAAUAAUGAAUGUUUAUCAUGUGAUUCAAUUGAAGGUAAAAGCAAGGAAGAUUGCAAAUAUAAAGAUUGUACUGAUAAACAAUGGACAUAUGGAGAAGAUUGCGAUGAUGGAAAUACAAUUGAAAGAGAUGGAUGUACUAAUUGUAAAAUAGAUCCUAAUUACAAAUGUAUCAAUAAAAUACUUGAAUCUUCAAUUUGUUUUAAAUGUAGUGAUAAUUGCAAUUAAUGUGAUUUUAGUAAUACAUUAAAUUCAACUAUUUGUACUAAAUGUGAGUAAGGAUACUUCAUUCAAUAAUCAGUCUGUGUUAAAUGUGCUCAAUAAUGUCUAUAAUGUAUAAAUAGUGCAUCUAACUGCACUUCAUGCCGAUUUAAAUAAAAUAUUUAAGGAUAAUGUUUAAAAUGUGAAGAUAUUGUUGGUUUAUACUCUAAUUUUGAAAAGAACACAUGUUAUUCUAAAUGUGGAGAUGGAAUAAUGAGUGUUGAUGAAGAAUGCGAUGACAGUAAUAUAUUAAAUGGAGAUGGUUGUGAUCGCUCAUGCAGAUUAGAAAAAUAAUUUAUUUGUAAAGGUUCAGUUUGUAUCAAACCUGAAUUACCAAUUCCAAUUCUAAUAUAAGCAGGUGAUCACUCUAUAUACAAUAAUAUUAGAUUAUUUUAAUUAUCAUAUAACAUACUUAUAGAAUUUAACAAUGAUAUAGAUUUUAAUAAGGAUGUUGAAGUAAUCAUUCUGAAUGGUUAGGAAGAAAUAAACAUAAAAUAAUAAUGUGACAUCUCUUCUGAUAUGAAUAGGAUUAAUUCAUCCUAACUCAACUUAACUGUUAAUUUUUUGAUAUCAUUUAAUUAAAGCAUAAAGAACUAAGAACUCAAAAUUAGCUUUACCAACCUUUCUCAUUUUAAAUCUAACAAUGGUUAUCAAUAAUAGUAAUAGAUAGUAACAACCAAAAUUGCUGAUAUUAUUUUUGUUGAUGUAACUACAGUUGAAUAGGUUGAAAUGGCUUCUUCAAGCAAUUAAUAUAUUCUGUAUGCUAUUGGAACAAUGAGUGGAACUGCUCUUUUAUUUGGAGGGUUAGAUAUCUUUUAUAAUCUUCUAGAUACAAUACAAAUAUUGUCAUAUUUAAAGUAUAUUAAUUCUUAAUUUCCUUUUAAUUUAUAAGAGUUUUUUAAUUGCUUUGAAUUUGUACAAAUGAAUUUCAUUUAAAAAUAUUUCAAUUUUUAUGACCUCUUUAACUUAUCUCUGAUUGAUGAAAAUGUUAACAAUAUUCCACUCAAAAUCAAAUAAGAUAAUUUAACACCUCUGUUUAUAAUAAACAGUGCAUCAGUUAUUUUCAUAUGGUUUACUUUAAUUCUGAUAUACAUAGUUUCAAAAAAGAUUCCAUAUUAUUUACACCGACUAGAUUUUAAAUACUAUGAUGAUAUCCCAAAUAAAAAACCCAGCUUGAUCCUUAAAAUUAAAUACCUAAUUUUAGCUAUGAAAAUAUCUAUAACAAGUUUUUGUCUAAAAGUAUUACGAGAAUUCUUUUGCAGUGGAAUAUAUAGAGUUUUGAUUACAACUGCUUAUGAUUUCACUUUUGCUAUAGUCCUUUAAUUGUAUUCAUUAGACAUAAUGUCAUAGAAUAUUUUAAUAAGAUUAUCCUCAAUACUUGCAUUAUUAACAUUUCUCUUCUACUUAUUUAUUAUUUUUCAUAUAAUUAAGCUCAGUAGUUAAGAUAAAUAUGCAUUUACAAAUUAUCAAAAUAACCUCAAAUAUGGAACAUUAUUUGAGGGUAUUAAGAAGAAUAAUGUAGGCAAAUAUUUUAAUUCCAUCCUGCUGAUUAAGAAACUAUUUUUUAUGUUAACUUUAAUAUUUUGUUAUGAAGCUCCAUCUGUUUAGAUAAUAAAUUUAAUUAUCUUUACUUCUGUACAAGCUUAUUUCUUACUAUCUUUUAAACCACUUACUGAUUCUAAAGAAUUCAUAAAACAAUUUAGCUGUGAACUUAAUAUUACUAUAACAUUAUUAUUAUUAUUGAUAUUAAGUUUGAAUGAAUAAUUAAGAAUAUUGACAGAAGAUAUGAAAGAUUAUUUAGGAUGGGGUUGCAUUGCAUGUAUCACUGCUAUUUUAUUAAUAUAAUUAAUUUUAGAUGCUAUUCAACAAUGGAUAUUUCUAUUAUAAAAAUAUAAAAAGUUAAAAAGAUUCAUUAAUAAUCUUUUAAAACUAUUUAAACCAACCUUAUUAAAAGAAAUCGAUCAUAACAUAUUUAUGACAGCAUGA